CACCAAUGCUUAAUAAUGUGUGUUUUACAUGUAUCGUGUGUGUUGGUUUUGUCAUCUUGUAUUUAUGAAUGCUCUGAAAUUUCAUGAUCCUCCCAUUAACUGCUCUUCUCUUUCAUAUUUAAUGCAUCUCCUGUAGUUCUCUUUUAUUCAAUCCUGUAAGUGAAGGGGUCCCAAGAAUUUAUGUUAGUAAAUGUAGAGUCAUUGCACCUGCUAUUUUUCUGUGAUAAAAAUGGAUUCGAGUUCAGUGUUUUUAUUGUAAUUUUUCAAAAAAUUCCUGAUAUAUAUAAUUCAAGUCAAGAGAAGUAUUUAUCUGCUUAUAAGUUUGUCCAUAGCAAGGGUAAUAGAUAACCAUCUCCUCCUAAUAAUGGGACUAAAAGUGAAAAAGAAAACUUAUUUUUGUACCUCAUAGUUAAACUGUACAUUAGGUGUCAAAUGUACUGCUACAUCCCCAUAUUUAAAUUAGAUGCCAUUUUGAUAGAAUGAUUUAUCAGUUACUCCCUCCAUUUCAUUUCAUAUAGCACUAUUGACUGACAUAAAGUUUAAGAAAGAAAGGAUAACCUUUUGACAUGUGUGAUCUAAUUGGGGUGAGAUGAUCAUGAAGGACAUGGCACAUUUUCAGCUUACCAAUGACAUUGACCCUCGAGAGGAGGGCGUGGAGAUCGAGGUUUAAGAAAAAGACUGAAGGGAGCACUGAUGCUUGCAUUAGAGUAGGUUGUCUACAUCACAUUCCAUUCGGGUGCGGCCUUUUCUCGGACCCUACGUGAACGCGAGAUGGUUUACGCACCGUCCUGCCAUUUUACUCAUAAAAAGACUCCUGCUUUCAUAGCUUAAAGACCUGUUUUUCAAGGUAAACAUUGAGAAACAAAUACAAAGGACUUGAGUGUGUGUGUGUGUGAGAGAGAGAGAUGGGAAGAACACCAUGUUGUGAUAAGAAAGGUUUAAAGAAAGGACCAUGGACACCUGAGGAAGAUGAAAAGCUUGUUGAAUAUAUCAAGAAACAUGGUCAUGGUAGCUGGCGUUCUCUUCCAAAUCUUGCAGGUCUUCUUCGUUGUGGGAAGAGUUGUCGUCUUAGAUGGACAAAUUAUCUCAGGCCAGACAUCAAAAGAGGUCCCUUUAGCCCUGAAGAAGAAAAGCUUGUAAUACAGUUACAUGGCAUUCUUGGCAACAGAUGGGCUGCAAUCGCAUCGCAACUUCCUGGAAGGACGGACAAUGAGAUAAAGAACUUAUGGAAUACUCACCUGAAGAAACGCCUAUUUUCUAUGGGCAUUGAUCCUCUGACUCAUGAACCCUCUAAUGGGCUGCUGAGAAGACCGCCUACAUCAACUUCAGCCCGUCACAUGGCACAAUGGGAAAGUGCAAGGCUCGAAGCUGAAGCUCGUCUCUCCAGGGAAUCGCAACUCUUGGUUCCAUCAUCAGCAGGAAGGUCUGAGACCGACUAUUUUUUACGCAUAUGGAAUUCAGAGAUAGGAGAAGCAUUUAGGAAAUUCAAGACAGAAGACAAGUGUCAAAGUCCAGCCUCUCAAAUAUCUUCAUCUACAAAAUAUGGAUCUGCUUCAGGCAUCACAACUGAGAUGGACCUUACUUUUGCUGAAGAUACCGAGUGGAAGGACAGCCAACCAUAUACUGAAGAUAUAUUGCAAGGAUCUGACACCUCUAGCUCCAGUGAAUUGGAGGAUUCAUCUGAAUCAGCAUUGCAACUUCUUUUGGAUUUCCCGAGUAGCAAUGACAUGAGCUUUCUUGGCUUUUUGAGUGAGAGUUCCUUGAACUGCUCCUUAGCAGACCAUAGAGUUGGCUUUCUCUAAAUAUGGUGGUCGUGGAAGCCUAAAUUGUCGAAAAUUUUCUGUUUAGUAGGUCAGAUGCAGAAAAGGUUUGUAUUUCGACUCAUUAUGUAUUAAUGUUAUAGUAAUAGAGCCAUCUUAUGUGUUAUUGUAAGCCAGAAAUGUCGGGCAAAUUUAGGCCUCGUGGCAUGGCAUGUUUCUUUUUUGCAACUAUCGCCACGUUUGGAGCAUAUUUUCUGUAAGUUAGUACAUCUUUUGAGUAGCUAAAACAAGGGAGAAAAUGCUGGCUUUUGUGAAAACUUCUCAAGUGGAUUUAUUAUCAUUGACACA